UCGCGCUGCCUGCAACUUGCUCCAUCAACCCGGCCGCACCAACUGCCGUUUGUAGCCUAUCGUUCAGUCGCUGUCUAUCUCUCCAGCUCGUCCGGCUUCCCUCGCCAGCUCCCGUCACGCCAAAGCCUGCCUCUUUCUCGAUUCGCAACAUGCCCGCUGUCGUCGAUGCCUCUGGCGUUGCCCACAUCUCCCUGGCCAUCCUGUACGGCUACCUUGGCACCGAGUUCGCCAGCCUCGAGGCUUUGUCCGCCCAGAGAUCGAUCGAAGGCGAGCUGCUGAACGCCCUGGCCACCGUAGUCUCCAGCAGCGGCGGCGCCCAAGCCCAUCAAAUCGCCUUUAUCAACUUAUCUCGGGCCUCCAAGACUGAGCAGGGCGAGCACGCCGCUCGCCAGUGUCUCUCGCUCGAGGUCACCAGCCAAUCCGGCUCGCUUGCUCUGCCGACGGUCUCGGCCGUGAACGCUGCCCUGCCCGAUCCGAUCCGGGUCUAUGGCAUUACUGAGAUUGCCUCGGUCUUCUCGGCCCGCCGCAGCUGCGACGCUCGCACAUACGAGUACGUCUUCCCGACCUACAUCCUCUCCAAGCCCCCACCGGCUUCCCACUUUGACCUGCUUGAGCCCUACCCCGAGAACCACGAGGAUAUCUCGGCCGUCCAGACCCGGGAGGAGGGCGAAACGCUCUUCCAGACUCUCCACCGCGGCCGAACCAUCGGCCGCUCCAAGUCUCUCUCGAAGCAGCAGCAACAGCAGCAGCAGCAGCCACCAUUGUCUGCCCUUCCGGCGGCCGUUAGUGCUGCCUCUCCCUCAAAGCACGAAGGCGGCGGUACCUUUUCGCGCUUCUUCAAGAGUCUGGGCCGAGCCAAGGAGGCCCCAACCUCGACGGCCAUCCCUCAGACCCCCACCGACGAAUCCUCCCACUCGGAUGCCAAGCUUUUUGAAACCAUCAAGCGCACGCUCUCACGCAAGGGCACCAACGAGCUGCCUCCUCAGGACAAUCCCGAGCCUGUAAGCGCCGCCCCGGUCUACUACGACCCCAUUGCCAUCCCCAAGCCCAGCGCCGACGAGCUUGCCGCCCUCAAGGCCUACCGCAUCACCGGCCACCAGAUCCGCACCCUCGAGGACAUCUUCUCCAUUUACCGCGGCACACACAACUGGCAUAACUACAUCCCUGGCGCCUCUGCAGACGACUCGCGGUGUUACAUGCGCAUUCUCCAGAUCGAGGCCAGUUCACCCGAGAUCCACCACGGCAUCGAGUGGAUCCGUGUCAAGUUCCAGGCCAAAGCCUUUGCGAGCUUCCAGAUCCGUAAGAUGAUGGCCCUGGCCAUCUUGGUCAUCCGCACCAAUACCCCCCGCUCUCUCAUCGCCAACUCCUUCGGUCUGGCCACGAUCAACAUCCCCGAAGCCCCCGCUACAGGCCUCAUCCUCGACAAUGUGCUCUAUGCCGAAUACAAUGCCGACCAAACCAUCCAGGCAUCCAAGCACCUGGUUUCGUUCGAGGACUAUCACACCGAGGCAAGCCAGAUGAAACAUCAGUUCAUUCACCAGGCCAUCUUCACUGCCGAAGAGGCCGUCAUGAUCUUUGAGGACUGGAUUCGCACCAUCGACUCGUACUCGUUCCUGUACACGCAUUUCCUGAACCAUCGCGGUGUUAUCCUGCCGGCAAAUGCAUUUAUCCGAGUUCCCGCCGACACCACGACCGAGCCAGGAAAGCUUGGUGAGGACAACCGACUGAGUCUCCAUGUCCAGUUCGACAAGUUCAAGCUCUAGUGCAUGGCGCAGUCCACAUCAGCCCAAUCUGCCGUUUGAAAAAGCCCCUCGUUUCUGGUGUCGUGCGCCCCGCAUCCUCUAUUAUCUCGUAUAUCUCGACUGUUGUUUGCUUUUCUUUUUUUUUGUUUCAGGCAGGGGCCUUCGUGUGGCUUCAACGUCGUUCGAACGGUGACGCCGCGCCUGUGCAGCGGCAUCGGAGUGUGUCGUAUGCAGAACGCUCGUGGCCUCAUUGCUUUCUGCAACGCUUUCAAUGCAAGGCGGCACACUCCAUGCUCAUAGGCGGCCGGUAUUGGUUUUCUGGCUCCUGAAUACAUUACAUGCUCGGCGCAGUAAGUGCUGCAAA